CUUUUACCGGCCACCAUCCAAAUUUCAAGGGAAAUACCAGAAGUCCAAAACAUUGUUCAAAAGAAGAAAAGCAAAACUGCGCUCUCUUCCCUCUUUUUGGAGUCGAACCCAACAAAAAUCAAAACCAAUCUCAUCAAUUUAAAAUUAUUACGACUAACUUAGAAGGAUCAGAGAUUGGUUAAUUACAGAGAGAGAUCUGAGAAAUGGCACCAGUCUCAGCUCUCGCAAAGUAUAAGCUUGUAUUUCUGGGCGAUCAAUCUGUCGGGAAAACAAGCAUUAUUACUCGCUUCAUGUAUGAUAAAUUUGAUAACACCUAUCAGGCUACAAUUGGUAUUGAUUUUCUAUCAAAAACCAUGUACCUUGAAGAUCGAACUGUUCGUUUGCAGCUGUGGGAUACAGCUGGACAGGAAAGAUUUAGAAGUCUCAUACCAAGCUACAUUAGGGAUUCAUCAGUUGCAGUCAUUGUGUUCGAUGUUGCAAGUCGGCAAACUUUCCUGAAUACUUCAAAAUGGAUUGAAGAGGUUCGCACUGAAAGGGGUAGUGAUGUGAUCAUUGUCCUUGUUGGGAAUAAGACUGACCUUGUGGAGAAAAGGCAAGUCUCUAUAGAAGAAGGAGAAGCUAAAGCUCGUGACCUUAAUGUCAUGUUUAUAGAAACUAGUGCAAAGGCUGGUUUUAAUAUCAAGGCAUUGUUCCGAAAAAUUGCUGCUGCCUUACCAGGCAUGGAGACACUUUCUUCAACAAAGCAAGAAGACAUGGUUGACGUGAAUCUGAAGUCUACCAGUAAAACUGCAUCGCAGUCUCAGGCCCAGUCAGGUGGAUGUGCUUGUUGAUUCUUGGAAACUUUGGCUUACCAAUUCUCUGAUUGUUGCUAUUAGAAAUCUCAAAACAGUUUUUGCUCUGGAUUUGUAAAUGUUUAGUUUGCUUUCCAUUUGUCUUUCCUGUUUGCUUGAGGAACUUCAUUUUCACAAAUGGCUGAAGAGCUUCGGACUAUAAAGAGCUGUGAUUCACUCUCGUGUUUCUUAGGUUGGUCAUAGCUUCCAGGAUAUGCAGUUCAGUCGAACUCAUUGUUUCGAAUAGGGUUUUUUCUUUUUCUUUUUCUUUUUUUCCUUAGAAAAGAAAUAUAUAAAAAAAUAAUAAUUGCUUGUCA